AUGAGUCGGAUAAGAUCCCCGACUCAGGAAGGAGAGCCAAGGGACUCGUCCCUCUCAUUCAACUGGGAGACAGGAUCCGAUAUCUCCGAACUGAGCACCCUCAUGAGCACCCCACGGUCGACUUCUCCGUCAUCGCCUGUGGAUACCGAGCUCUCGUCACCCUACAGUCCAGAUCGAGCCUUUCCUCGUACGCCGCCGGUAACUCCCUCAGAACGUCGCUUAACACUUCCUCUACGAAAGAAAGAACACCCUACUCCCAGUACAUCCCAGUAUCCGGAGGAAGCAAUUGCACAGCGUCGACUGGCUUUCUUCAGUGCCGUGAGAGACUAUGUGUAUCCUCUCCUGAGAGAAGAAUCUUCCUUUCGGAAACUGGUCACGUCCAUAGAAGACAGUGACGCGAGAAUUCGACCGAACAAUGUGAUUCACCGUCAGCCGGAAGGUCUCCGUGCAGUCUUGAAACCAUACCAGCUGGAGGGUUUGUCUUUCCUUCUCUAUCUUCGCGAGAACGGCAUUGGAGGUAUAUUAGGCGACGAAAUGGGUCUGGGAAAGACUCUGCAGGCUCUUGCACUCUUCCAGGCGAUCAAGGAAUCAGAUGACAACCUGAAUGACGGCAAUGCACCUUUCUUGGUGGUCUGUCCCUUGAGCGUUCUUGAGACCUGGGUGGCUGAGGUCUCGAAGUGGACUCCGGAACUGAGCGUGAUGAAAUACCACGGCUCUGCAGCUGAGCGUGACGGGAUGAAGAAGAAACUUGCUGGCCAGAGAAGGAAAGGCUGCUUGAAACUGCCAGAUAUCCUGCUAAUAUCUUACGAGACCCUUCUCUCCGAUGUGGCGUGGUUCAGAAGAGUGUUUGUUUGGAGAUACCUCGUGCUGGAUGAGGGACACCGGAUCAAAAACGCCAAGUCCAAGAGAGCAUUGGGGCUGUCCAGGAUUCGUGCACACUACAAGCUUGUCCUUACCGGUACCCCCAUUCAGAACAACCUCACAGAACUGUGGUCUAUCCUCCAUUGGCUGUAUCCAGAAGUGUUCGUCGAGUCCAGCGUAUCUAUGUUCAGGGAUGCGUUUUCGCUCAAUGACGGUAGCUUUGACCGGUUGUUUAUCGAAGACAUCACCGAGUUCUUGAAGCUAGUGAUGCUGCGGCGGGAGAAGGACUCUCCGUCGUUAGGUCUAUCGAUCCCGAACAAGAUGGAGUUUAUAUUGUCCGUUCCUCUCUCCGAAUUGCAGCGCUCGCUCUAUCUGAAGAUUCUUACCGGCCUACAUCAAUCUGAUUUCGACAAGUUUGGCGACGUGGGAAGUCGUCAGAAGGAUAUUACUCGCUGGGCCGGACAUCAAGAUGCCAUCCCAAUUUCCCCCAAUUGCCCAUCGCCGAGGAAGAUCAAGAUAUCGCAAAACGUGUUGAUGGAGUUGCGAAAGUGUUGCAUCCAUCCAUACCUUCUUGAUGGAGUCAUGCCUUGGCCCUAUCAAGUGGGCAUUGACCUCAUCACUCAGUCAGGGAAAUUCCAGGUGCUCUCGAAGCUAGUCCGACGCUUUGUCAGUGAACAGAAGAAGGUCAUCAUCUUUUCGGGCUUCGAGGGCGCACUGGAUCUCUGUGAGGACAUGCUAUCACUCCUCCAGACAAGCUUCGAUCCCUUCCGCUACGUGAGGCUCGAUGGACAAACCCCCAGCGCUGUUCGCAAUUUGUCCACUUACCUCUUCCGCAAUGAUGAGAGAUACUUGGUCUUCCUCAUUUCGAUAAGAGCUGGAGGCGAAGGCCUCAAUCUGACCUGCUCCUCAACCAUUAUCUUUCUUGAUGAAGACUGGAAUCCGCAGCAGAUGAAACAGGCCUGUUCGCGCGUGCAUCGGAUCGGCCAGACAAAGCCUGUCGAAAUAUUUCGUAUCCAGUCUCGAGGAACAGUCGAGGAACAAAUGGCCCGGCGUUUGGAAAAAAAAGCUUACAUGGCCGAUCGAGUGACAGAAAGGGUGCGCUCGCAGGACAAUGCUCCCACCCCGACUGGCAUCGCAAGUUUCCAUGAUAUGAUGUAUUCGCCUGAUGCCCUCGCCCUGGAAGCAAACAUGUCCUACAUGGCGACUUAUCACGACGGACUGAACGACUCCGAUUCCUGCGUCAUCAAGAGGGUUAAAGACCCGAAUACCAGCGCCUCCCUCACAGCGGAAGAGGAAGAUGCAUGGCUUGAAACUGCCGAGCGAGUGCGAACCAAUAUCUUCGACGGCAAGAUUCUAAAUGACCGACCGAAAUACCUGUCGACGUUUGAGAGACAGAUGCAAACGGACCUUCGGCGCGAAGAUCGCAGAAUAGGCAAAGAGCGUACCGUGACCAUUGAUGGGUUCCAGGUAUCAAAGGAGAGUAUCGCAUUCAACGAUCUGAAAUCACCAAAGAGCCCUUCCUUUGGACCAGCAAAGACCAUCAAGACUCCCAGACUAGUGCAUGAAGAUGUGCGUACCAAACCCAUCCACUUGUUCCAGGCCACGUCUAACCCCACCAGACCUGCUUCGUGUGUCGUAAGCGCAACACGACAGACUGUGGCGUCUGCCCGCGAUCUUUCCAUUGGAAAUGUCUCGGCUCCAAGGGCAGAGAAAGUCGCCUGGGACUGGGGCUUACCUGUCCAUCUCAUUACUGCUGCCAGUGUGAUAGGACGGCCCCUCAAGCGGGUGGACUCCUUUACCCAUGCAUCCAUUGCGAAACGGCAUACUGCGAACGCUGUCUUACCUGGGACGAGACGGAGUUUAUUGGCGAUUGCGAUGCAUAUGCGGACAUGGGUUAUUCGCCCAGCAAUGCGUUCUACAUUCGUUGCCAGCGUUGCAGGGGGAGUGCGGGGCGAAAGCGACUUUUGGUGUCUAGUCAUUUCUCUUCUCCAAAGCGCGUCAGAGACCUGUGAUCUGGAAUGCGCGGACAACUAUGAAUGA